AUGCAAGCCAUAAAAUGUCGAUUACCAAUUAACUCAUCACGACUUGUGACUACUGCUGGUGUCAUUAUAAGAAGAGAACACAAAGAAUAUUCAUCUUUAACAAUAGAAAAACUUAAUCCACUUGUUAAAGAAGUGGAAUAUGCUGUAAGAGGUCCGAUCUUGAUUCGCGCUGGAGAAAUUGAAAAACAAUUGAAAGGUAAUCAUAACUUUCCGUUUGACCGUGUUAUUCGAGCUAAUAUUGGUAAUUGUCAUGCUAGUGGUAAUCAUGUACAUAUUACAUAUAUUCGACAAUUCGUAGCUGGUUGUACUUAUCCAGAAGUAAUGAAGUCACCUGAUUUUCCAUCAGAUAUAAAAAAAACCCAAGGUAUUAUAACAAUACGCGAAGAUAUUGCAAAUUAUAUUCAACAACGAGAUGGUUAUCCAUCAGAUCCAAAUAAUAUUUAUCUUUGUAAUGGAGCUUCAGAUGGAAUUAAAACUAUAAUUAAACUUCUAAUGAAUCAUAAUCCAAAAAAACCAUCAGGAAUUAUGAUUCCUGUUCCACAUAUUCCAUUAUAUAGUGCUACUUUAUCAGAAUAUGGAGCUCAUCAAAUUGAUUAUUAUCUUGAUGAAGAUAAUAAUUGGACAUUGAAUAUAGAUGAACUUGAACGUGCAUUAAAUGAAUCGAAAGAUCGAAGUGCACCAUGUGGUAUUGUAAUCAUUAAUCCUGGAAAUCCUACUGGUCAAGUGCUUUCAAGUGAAAAUAUUAAAAAUGUUAUUCGCUUUGCCCAUAAACAUCAAUUAUUUAUUUUGGCUGAUGAAGUUUAUCAAGAAAAUGUUUAUUUACCAGGUUCAAAAUUUUUUUCUUUUAAACAAGCACUUAUGGAUCUUGGCGCACCAUAUAAUCAUAUGGAAAUGGGUAUUGAAUAUCUUAUUUUUUGUUUUUCUAUCUCAAUUUUCGUUUUUUCUUAUCUUCCAGCUUCAUUUCAUUCAGCUUCAAAAGGUUGGCAUGGAGAAUGUGGUUCUCGUGGUGGUUAUUACGAAUUAAUUAAUGUUGAUAAAGAUGUCAAAGUGCAAGUUAAUAAAUUCAUAUCCGCAUAUCUAUGUUCGACAACUUGGGGUCAAGCUGUUAUGGCAGCAAUUAUAAAUCCACCAAAAGAAGGAGAACCAUCCUAUGAACUUUAUAAACAAGAACGUUUAACAGUUGUUAAUCGAUUAAAAGAAAAAGCUGAUCUUGUUAGUCGAUUAUUUAACUCAGUUGAAGAUGUACGGUACAGUGCUAUUAUUGGUGCAAUGUAUGCAUUUCCACGUAUUGAAAUACCUAAAAAAGCAAUUGAAUAUGCUAAAUCAAAAAAUAUGGCUCCAGAUGCUUUUUAUUGUUUUCGAUUAUUAGAGAAAACUGGAAUAUGUGUUGUGCCAGGAAGUGCUUUUAAACAACGACCAGGAACACAUCAUUUACGUACAACAAUUUUACCACCUGUUGAUCAAAUGAAAGAUAUGGUUGAAAGAUUUCGUACAUUUCAUAUGUCAUUUUUACGUGAAUGGAAAUAG